AUGGACGACAUUCCCUCAACUGGGCGCUCAGUCGACAUCGAACUUGGAGGACAGGAAGUCAUCACCAUCGACCUUGACAACCUUGAUCCAAAUCCAGAGGAUGUUUUGGACCUUCUUAAGGAAGGACAAUGUACGGUAUAUGUUUGGAUGAAGCUUGCUGGUGAAUAUUGGCGAAGGGGAUAUCUAGAAGCUGCAGAAAAGAUUGCCUAUUGCGCUAUAGAAUCAUUUCAAAGUAGUGGUUUGACCAAUUCCCUCCACCCUAUCUACGCAUUGCUUGCGAAUAUCCAGAUUGCGUAUGCUCGGAAAGCGCCCAAGUUAGUCCUAGCGGAUGCUCGCCAAGAUGUCAUGAAGGACGAAAAGUCCAAGGAGGACUAUUAUCGUGAGGCCGCUCAGUUUCUCAACACUGGCGAGAGAUUUGGCGCGGAAUCCGGAGAAGGAGUCAGUGGGACGUUAGCUUUUUUGACACGAGGAAUCCAACAGUUGGCUACACGGUCGAUGGAUGACGCUCUACGGUCUUUUGAAGGAGUGUUGGUUGAAAAACCCACCAAUUUAGUGGCCUUGUUGGGAAAAGCACGAAUCCUUUAUGCAAAAAGAAACUAUCGGGAAGCUCUGAGAUUGUUUCAAGACGUUCUCAAAUACAAUCCUCAGUGUAUACCUGAUCCUCGGGUAGGAAUUGGUCUCUGUCUUUGGGCCAUGGAUCACAAGGCAAAAGCUAAGGCAGCAUGGCAGCGAAGUUUGGAAGUUAACCCUUCCGAGUGGGCUGCGCAACUCUUACUGGGUUUGGAAUCGAUAAAUUCGAGCAAGAGCGAACACCUUACGGAAGCAGAGAAGACCCACACCUUCUUGUCUGGAACAAAAAUGAUUGAAAAGGCCUUCAAGGCCAACCAACGGAGCGCAGCCGCUGCUAACGCUUUGUGUGAACUUUUCUUGAGGAAGGGCGAUCAUCAGCGGGUAAAUUUAUCUUCUUUUCCUGUGGUGUUGGGGUGGCUUACCUUGAUCGAUGAGGCACUAAAACUUGCAGAACGGACGAUUCAGUUUGCAGACACUCUUACUCUGCUUACAGAAGGAUAUCUGCGUGCAGCUCGAGUGUCGCACGCUGAAGGAUCCUAUGCUCAAGCCACCAAGUUCUAUACUGCUGCAGGGGAAGGCCAGCCGAAGCACAUUAUUGGCGCAAUAGGGAUGGCACAAAUGCAGAUGCAGAAUGAUGAAAUGGCGGCCGCUAUCCAUACCCUCGAUACGUUGCUGCAGGCUCCUAAUCCCCAACGCUCGCUAGAAGCCACGGUGAUGCUGGCUUCUCUGAGAGCACAUCCUCGACCAGGGGUAUCCAGUUCCGAUGUUGCCCAGGAAAGACUCCGCGCGCGGGAACUCUUCGAUCGGGUUUGCAAGGGCCUCGAAAUUGAAGAUGCUCGCGCCAACGGCAAAGCUUCCAGUCGCAGUUCGCGUCUCAUCUCUGACGAUGUCGAUAUGCACGUUGAGAUCGCUCGGCUAUGGCAAGGAGAAAGUCUUGACCGCAUGGGAAGAGCCUUGAAGGAGGCUCUCAGGAUUAGCGAGGCUACCGGUGAACCUGACCCGAGGUUAAUGAACAACCUUGGGGCACUUUACCAUCUCGAGGGCAAUUUCUCUGAGGCCCGGUCCUUAUAUGAAAGUGCCCUCAUUCGAACCUCGAAGUUGACUUCGGAUGUUUCAGAAGCAAUGUCAACAUCAAUUCUUUACAACCUUGCGCGGGUGUACGAGGAUGAAGGAGAGGAGUCGUUGGCGAAAGAUGCUUACGAGAAAUUGCUAUCUCGACAUCCAGAAUACGUUGACGCCAAAAUUCGACAAGCCAAGAUGCUGUCCAAUCUUAACCGAAAUAAUGACGCUCAUGAGCUGCUGAAGCAAUCGCUGUCUUCGCAAAACCACAAUCUUAACUUGCGCGCCUUCUACACAUAUUUCCUCAUCCAAACCAAUCUUCCAAGGCCAGCUAAGGAAAUCGUCUUUGCGACUCUCAAAGAUCAUGACAAACAUGAUAUCUAUUCACUGUGCGCCGCAGGGUGGAUUAUGUACCACCAAUCGCGCGAAAGCCGCGACACAAGCACCAAAGGCGUUGAAGAACGAAAGCGAGGAUUCCAACGGACGGCUGAAUUCUACGAAAAAGCAUUACAACUUGACCCGAUGUGUGCUUUUGCUGCCCAAGGGCUGGCCAUUGUCACUGCGGAAGACGCGCUGGGAUCACUUGGUGGAGCCUUCGGACCUGACGACCACCUAAAGCGCAUGACGAAUUCUCGUGACGCGUUGGAUAUAUUCGCAAAAGUCCGCGAGUCAAUGCAUGACGGGAGCGUCUAUUUCAACAUGGGCCAUUGCUAUUACGCCCGCGAUGAGUUCGAUCGCGCGAUCGAAAGUUACGAGACCGCUUCGACAAGGUUCUACGGCGGCCAUAAUGUCCCUGUCCUUCUAUGCUUGUGUCGGUCCUGGUACGCCAAAGCUACCAAAGAUCAGAACCCUUCCGCAAUGAACACCGCGCUACGAUAUGCACAAGCGGCCUUGCACCUUCAACCGAAUGAUAAAGCUACCAUCUAUAACAUUGCCAUGAUUCAGCAGAAGUCUGCCGAGAUGAUGUUUAGCACCAGCCCAGCCAAGCGUACGUUGAAAGAUCUUCAAAGAGUCAUCGCCCAAGCAGCCCAUGCCCAAAAGCUUUUUGCAUCUUUGGCGGGCGACAAAGCACAAAUGGUUCCGUAUAGCCGUGAUAUUGCUGACCAACGGCGGAAAUAUGGAGACAACAUGCUGCGGAAGGGCGAUGAACAUCUCGAGAAGCAACGGCAAUUUGAAGCAGAUACCCAGGCUAAACUCGAGGAGGCAAGGCGAAAACGACAAGAGGAGAAGGAUCGUUUAGAAGACCUUGAGCGAGCACGCAUGGAGACGUUGCGAGUUGAGGCCGAGAAACUUGCUGAAGAGCGACGCUUAGCCAGGGAGCAAGCGAUGGAGUGGACAAGAGAAGUCAAAAUGGAGAGUGAUGAGGAGAGGGAGCGCAAGACGAAGAAGGUGCGGAAACCUAAGAAUGAUGUCGGGAGUGGAGAGGAAGCGGAGCCCAAGAAGAAGCGACGUGGAAAGCUAAAGAAGGCUGUGAGCGAACAGGGAGAUGAAGAACAGGCCGUCUUCAGCGACGAAGAGGAGGUUGAGAAACCGACAAAGAAGCGGCCAGUAAAGAAACGGGUCGUUCGCGAUGAUGAUGACGAGGACGUUGCAGGUCCUCGGAAAAAGCAAUUCAAGAGUAAAGAGGUGCUCUCUGACACGGAUGACGAGAUGUCAUGA